UCUUCGUCUCGAUCCGCUCUACUCGUGCACGGAAGCUGGGGCGAUCAUUACCAGACACCCUGUAUAAUCUUACAAUGAAGUUUAUUCUCGAGAUAUACAUAUAUAUAAUACUCAUUCAUUUAUCUACUUUUGUUUCUAUUCCUAAAGCAUAUCUCUUACAUGACUUGCAUGACUUAUAUCUGCUGACAAAUAAAUAUUUUUAAGGAUAUUUUAAGUUAUUUAAUUAUAUGUACAUGUGUUAUUCUUAAGUCAUAAAUCUCUGAUUUGUGUCCUGACAUAGUUCGAAUAGAAGUUUAGUUCUGAGAACAAUGGAGAGAACGCUGGGUACAAGGAGAACGCUUUGUCAAGAUUGGGACGAGUAUUUCAUGGCUCAGGCAGUCUUAGCUGCGAGACUUAGCAGGAAUCCUUACAGCCAGGUCGGCGCAUGUAUCGUUAAUAAUAUAAUGAAAAUCGUCGGCAUUGGGUAUAAUGAUAUGCCUAGGGAACGUGACGACUAUAAGUUCUAUUGGCACAUCCCGAGAGGCACUUCAAUGCCCUACGCGGAAAUUAAUGCGUUGCGCAGCAGAAAUUCGACCGACGUUGCAGAUUGCACGAUUUAUGUCACUUUAUUUCCAUGCGACAACUGCGCAAAAGAGAUAAUAGAAUUUGGCAUAAAGACAGUGGUGUAUCUGUCGAAUAAGAACGUCUGCAAUUACAAAACAAUGAAUGCGGAGAGUCUGUUUGAUUCUAAUAGUGUUGCGCACAGGCUAAUGAACAAGAAGAUAGAAAUUAACUUUAUUGAUAUCACCUGCAACAGGACGAAUCAAACACCGCAGACUCCAAUGAAUGGCGAGGGUCAAAGGAGGGAAGCCGAAGUGGAGGGAUCUCCGCUACCCAAGAUUUCCGUCUCGGUGCAGCAGGUCCAGGGUCCAGACGAGUCAGAAGAUUUCCGACUGGUGAACGGCUUAGGGUUUGGUGUUCAUGUAUUAUAGUUAGUUGUUGGUUUUAUUGUUACAAUAAAGUGGAUAAGUCUCCGAAAGUUCCAUC